AUGAACCGAGACCGCCGUAACUGGUACGAGGAGGAGUAUCCUCUUCGCUCUGACGAGCUGCUAGACAGCGAGGACAUGACGCCGCUCAGUCAUCAACAAACAGAGCACUCUCCACUGUUUCACAGCAGCAAUGAACCUGUUUGCUAUCCUCCACAACCACUCUCGCCGCUCCCUGUUCCUGACCCUGACGACCUUUCCACCUCUUCCACCCCGCCUAGCCACAGGCUUUCGCACACGCAUACGUACUCCAGGCCCCAGAGCCAACACCAGUACUUCCCAGAGAUGUCCUAUCCCAAUCCCAUCUCAGAAUCCGGUAGCGGCAGCAUCACCUCCUGGCAGAAACGGCAGACAGGGGGGCUGCGCCGGUAUCCCACUCGCAGAGUCAAGCUUGUCAAGGGAACGGUCCUCAGCGUCGACCAUCCGGUUCCAAGCGCCAUCUUGAACUCGGUUGAGCCGCAGUAUCGCGAUACGGCGAAUAGCUCGGAGGAAUUUACCCACCUGCGUUAUACCGCUGCUACCUGCGACCCCGACGACUUCACGCUCCGCAAUGGCUACAAUCUCCGUGCCUCCAUGUACAAUCGGUACACCGAACUCCUUAUCGCGAUUACUUACUACAAUGAAGACAAGGUUCUGACGGCACGAACACUCCACGGCGUCAUGCAGAAUAUCCGCGAUAUCGUCAGCUUGAAAAAGACGCAGUUCUGGAAUAAAGGUGGCCCGGCGUGGCAGAAGAUCGUGGUCUGUUUGGUGUUCGACGGGAUCAGUCCUUGCGAUAAAGAGACCCUUGACCUGCUAGCGACGGUGGGCAUCUACCAAGACGGAAUCAUGAAGCACGAUAUUGACGGCAAAGAGACCGCGGCACAUAUUUUCGAAUACACGACACAACUAUCAAUCACGCCCUCCCUGCAGCUUGUCCGCCCCCAGAGCGGCGACCCGACGAAUCUACCUCCAGUCCAGAUGAUUUUCUGCUUGAAACAGAAAAACAGCAAGAAAAUCAAUUCACACCGUUGGCUCUUCAACGCCUUUGGACGCAUUCUAAACCCAGAAGUCUGCGUUCUAAUCGACGCGGGGACAAAACCAGGGCACAAAUCGCUUCUAGCCCUAUGGGAAGCCUUUUACAACAACAAGAAUCUCGGCGGAGCCUGCGGCGAGAUCCAUGCCCUCCUAGGCCCCCGGUGGGAAAAGCUUGUUAAUCCUCUCGUCGCUGCCCAAAACUUUGAAUACAAAAUAUCCAAUAUCCUUGACAAGCCGCUCGAAAGUAUGUUUGGAUAUGUGAGUGUGUUACCCGGCGCGUUUUCUGCGUACCGCUAUAGGGCUAUUAUGGGAAGACCGCUUGAACAGUAUUUUCAUGGAGAUCAUACAUUGUCAAAAAGGUUGGGGAAGAAAGGUAUUGAAGGGAUGAAUAUCUUCAAGAAGAAUAUGUUCUUGGCCGAGGAUCGCAUCUUGUGUUUUGAGCUCGUGGCCAAGGCAGGGCAGAAGUGGACGCUUAGUUACGUGAAGGCGUCGAAAGGAGAGACGGAUGUCCCGGAGGCUCCCGCUGAGUUCCUGAGUCAACGACGCAGAUGGCUGAACGGGUCGUUUGCGGCGAGUCUAUACUCGGUCAUGCACUUUGCACGCAUCUACAAGAGCGGGCAUAAUCUGAUUCGACUGUUCUUUCUACACGUGCAGCUGAUUUAUAACGUUUGUCAGCUUAUCAUGACGUGGUUCUCACUUGCAUCGUAUUGGCUUACCACAUCGGUCAUUAUGGACAUUGUCGGGACCCCGAGUGCGACGAAUAAAAACAAAGGAUGGCCGUUUGGAAACGACGUCACGCCGAUUUUCAACAAUGUCCUCAAAGUCCUUUAUAUUGUCUUUCUCAUGCACCAAUUCUUCCUUGCUCUCGGAAAUAGACCAAAGGGAUCGCAACUCGCCUAUAUUGUCUCCUUCCUCUAUUUCUCACUCGUUCAGAUCUAUAUCCUAGUCCUAUCCUUUUAUCUCGUCGCCCAGGCCUUCUCCGGUGGCAACAUUGACCUGGAGUUCGACAAGGGCGUAGGCGGCUUCUUCGCAUCCUUUUUUACCUCCACCACCGGUCUCGUCCUCGUCGCCCUCGCCUCAACCUACGGCACGUACCUAAUCGGCAGCAUUCUCUACUGCGACCCCUGGCACCUCGUCACGUCCUCAUGGGCGUACUUCGUCGGCAUGCCCAGCACAAUCAACAUCCUCAACGUGUACGCCUUCUGCAACUGGCACGAUGUCUCGUGGGGUACAAAGGGGUCCGAUAACGCUGCAUCAUCGUUGCCAUCUGCACAGACAAAGAAGGCCACGGGCGGCGGAGACGGCGACGCAAAGGGGACAUUCGUCGAAGAACUCGAUAAGCCGCAGGCCGACAUCGACACGGAGUUCGAGUUGACUGUCCGUCGUGCACUCGCUGAGUAUAAGGAGCCUGCACCGGAUAAGACGGUAUCCCUGGAUGACAGUUACAAGACCUUCCGGACGAACCUGGUGCUUACGUGGACGUUGAGUAAUUCGUUGCUGGUGCUGCUGAUCAAUAAUGCGGGGGUUAGCACGCUGUGCUUGACGACUACAUCUACCGUCCGUACGGCGUGGUAUUUCAAGUGUCUGCUGUGGGCGACGUCCGGGCUGUCGAUCUUCAGAUUCUGCGGGGCGCUGUACUUCCUGGCGAAGACGGGGGUGUUGUGUUGUUUCGUGCGGAGAUAA